GCACGCCUUUUCAUUCAUUCAUCAAGAAGCCGACACUUGUGCGGUUAAAAGAAUCAAUCACCGGAUCACCGUGCAGUUUUGCGGUGCGCAAUACCGGGGUAUCAUUUACAUACCAACGCAGCCACCUUUGGUGGCCGCCUCUGCUGGUCUUACCUUUUGGUAUCAUGUCGCAUCUGCGUAAAUGUUCUCGCAGUCAGCACUGGAAGGCCGAGUGCACGUUACUAGAGGAAUAAUGCGGGUCAGGUACUUCCAUCUGGAGCUCUCGAGGUCCAGUACUGCCUCUUUUUCGGCACUAGGUGGUUCCCGGUUCCCGACUAGAAGUUCUUACUUGAUUCGAUGGUGGUUGCCAGUGGGUCCGCCUAAGGUUGGUUUCGAGUUAGUCUCGAACACAAGACUCAUCCGUAUCUUGCGUCUGUUUGGGGGGACAUUAUUGCUGGUUGCCGGACAUCACCACUCCCACGGGGAAGCUUGGUGCUCAUCGCUCGGCGCGACUGCAAUUGAGGGAUGGGGAAUCCCAAAUAUCAAAAGUACGCUCAAUCACAGAUACGAGCUGCUCUUGGACCAUUAUGGCGCUCGCUAUCCGGGAAUUGCGUAUCUGGCACUCAUUUGGCAACAAAUUUCGGCGCGUGGAACUUUGGAACUGGGUCAUGCUAAAAACGACGCGAUAAUCGGAUGCAGUUGACUUUCUGGAAAUAGAAGUCCUUGUCUCUUAAACCACGCCCCGCGAUGUCCUAUCCUUGUUGCAUAAAGACCCUGUUCUACCAGAACAGACAC